GGGUUCGGCCAGUCCUUGGCAGUGGGGCCGAUGGAGACCGAGGAGCCGGGAGCGGUGGGGACAUCCAAGGAGGGGAGAGGUCCCGGGUCUCCUUCACCCAGCGCAUAAGUUCAGUUGUUGAAGCCCCAUACUGAGCUCAGGUUCUCAAGCAACAGGCAACUUGAAGGCAUCAGAGCUUCCUUUGGGAAGGAGGCAAAGCCAAACCUGGCCUCCUGUUUGAAAACCCUGAAAGCUUAUCAGGAAGGGGUGAUCUUGAUUCACCGGAGGCUGCAGAAAGCAUCUGGAAGCCCAAGUGGGAAGUUGCUCCUUGAACAAGAACCAACGAGAUCUGGUGCUGGGGAGAAGCUGAAUCUUAACAAUGUCAUUUCCCAGGACCAGGUCCUUAACCUGGUCUUGGAUCUGCCUGAGGAGGGAAGACAAUCUGCCACCCUUCCCACCCGCUGCAAACCACUACCCAGCCAGAGGAUAGUCAGACACUGCCACUAUGGAGGAAGCAUGCAGUUUCUGUAAGAGACGAGGUAUCCUGAUCCUGGAGUUGGGACCAGAGUUCCACAUACAGUUUAAGAAAUCGUGGAGGGCAGACUUCUCCAACUUCUGCAACCACAUCCCCACCCUAUCUUUCCGUUUGACAGAAGAGCAUUGAGACAGAUUGCCUCUGGCAGACUGGCUCUUCUCAAAGGCAGGUGUGCCAGCCAUGAGAGGAUACCUUGUGGUCAUAAUCCUGAGUGCUGGCUUUCUCUAUUAUGUGCUUCAUUGUAUUUUGUGGAAAACAAACACUUACUGGAUGCCCCCUUUGGAGAUGGAAAGGAGAAAUAAAAUCCUGACCUGCUCAGUGAAGCCAGCAUUCGAGCCCAUAUUGAACAUCCGUGGAAUCCACCCCUUCCUGUGUGCAAGUGACUACAAGAAAAUGGCUGAACUCCAUGGGAGCCACAGGAUCGACUUGCCUUAUGGCAUCCGGAGAUCUGAAAGAUAUUUUCAACUCGCUCUCUCAAGACUGCAGAGUUGUGAUCUGUUUGAUGAAUCCGACAAUGUGCCAUGUAAAAGAUGUGUCGUCGUGGGUAAUGGAGGAGUGCUGAAGAAUAAGACAUUGGGAGAGAAAAUCGACUCUUAUGAUGUGAUAAUAAGAAUGAAUAAUGGUCCUGUUCUAGGCUAUGAAGAUGAUGUUGGAAGGAAGACCACCUUCCGGCUGUUUUAUCCAGAGUCUGUUUUUUCAGAUCCAGUUCACUAUGAUCCCAACACUACUGUCAUUCUCACUGUCUUCAAACCACAAGAUUUAAAGUGGCUAUGGGCUCUGUUAAGUGGUGGAAAAGCAAGCCCGAAUGGCUUCUGGAAGAAACCGGCCUUGAAUAUGAUCUACAAACCCAGCCAAAUCAGGAUCCUGGACCCCAUCAUUACCCGAAUAGCUGCUCACCACCUGCUUCAUUUCCCCAGAGUGUUCCCCAAGAAAGAGAAACCAAAACACCCGACGACUGGGAUGAUCGCUAUCACACUGGCAUUUCAGAUAUGCCACGAAGUCCACCUGGCAGGCUUUAAAUACAACUUCACCGACCAUCACAGUUCUUUGCACUAUUAUGGGAAUGACACUAUGACUCAGAUGAGCCAGAAUGCAUACCAUAAUAUAACCGCAGAGCAAAUCUUUUUGAAGAAUCUUAUAGAAAAGGACUAUGUUAUCAAUUUGAUAAAAGAUUGAUGACAAGUACUAAGGACUCCCAAAGAAGCAUAAUUGAUGUUUCAUCAGUAUUAGUUUUAUUUUUUUAUACUGAAAUUUUAGUUUAUUUUUUAAAAUGCCACAUUCAUUUACCAAGAAGUAUGGGGGGGAAAAUAUCAUGAGGGUCAGAAUGGCUACAAUGUCUGUUGCUUUUGCUGGUCAUUGCAAUGCAAUGCCAUUCCAGCGGGAAUCAAUUUCUGUGAAUAUUUAAUUAUGAAAUCAAAACUCAACUUCCAGCUUCUGUAUCAGGGAAAUAAAUAUCAAAGCAUAUAUUUUGCCAUUUAUUUAAAAAAAAAA